ACAAACAGCUUUAUCUAUAUUCAGGUUCUUAUCGCAUUAAGAUUUUAUGCCAGUGGGAGUUUCCUACAAGUGCUUGGGGACACCACAGGUGUGGAGAAAUCUACUGUUUCGAGAGUAGUUAGGCGAGUUUCCUUGGCAUUGACAUCUUUGGCACCACGAUUUAUAAGAUGGCCCAAUGAUAGAGAUUUGCAAAUUACAAAAAAUGAAUUCUACAAGCUGGCUGGAUUCCCAGGCGUCACCGGAUGCAUUGACGGAACUCACAUACGAAUCCAGGCCCCCACAGACAACGAGGCAGCUUUCGUAAAUAGGAAAGGUUACCAUUCUUUAAAUGUUCAAGCAAUAUGUGAUCAAAACGGUAAAUUCACCAACGUUGUUGCAAGAUGGCCUGGAAGCACCCAUGACAGCCACAUAUUCCGCAUGAGUGGAAUUAAAGCACAGAUAGAGGAGAACUUCCGUUCGCUUAACGACGGGGUCCUUUUAGGGGACAGUGGUUAUGCUUGUCAGCCAUACCUGAUAACACCUUACCUCAGACCAUCCACGCCAGCUGAGGAGAGAUUCAAUGCUGCUCACAAAAGAACUAGGGUGACCGUUGAACGUGCAUUUGGGUGGUUCAAGAGGCGAUUUCACAUUUUACAUAGCGAAAUCAGAAUGCGCCCUGAACGUGUUUGUGCCAUAAUUGGAGCCUGUGCAGUUUUGCAUAACAUUGCAAUAAUGCAGCGUGAACCUGUGCUUGACGAGGGUGUGGCUAUUCCUGACAGGAACAUUCCAGGAACGUACAAUGGACCAGAGGACGGAAAGAACAUAAGAAAUUACAUAACCAGGAACAACUUCUAACUUCAUCAUGCAAUUAAUAUCUAUGUGUGUGUGCUUGCGCGGUGAGAGAGAGAGAGAGAGAGAGAGA